CGAAACAUUUUUUUAUUUAUACCUGAGUCUUGUUCUUUAGAAAGGGGAAGUAAAAGCUCUACUGACAAAUACUGCUACCGGGACAGAGCUGGUUUGAGUGCUUCUGCCUCUCAGGUGUACAAACCUUUCAGUGUGGUGCCGCGAGGAGACAUGAUGGAGGCAUCUGAUGAGGAAGACUUGGUCAGGGAUGCUAAUCAUCUGGUAGCACCUCCUAUUGGUGGCAGAAACGAACUGCUGGAUGUGGGGCAGGAAGACAACAUGCAGGGCCAGAUGGAGGAGUUUCUGGGCCCACAGGCUGAGUACAACGAGGAGGAGGAGGAGAGGAAGUACUACAGGAGGAAGAGGCUGGGAGUCAUCAAGAACGUUCUUGCAGCCAGUGUUGGAGCCAUGGUUGUGUACAGUGUGUACAUGGGCCUACUACAGAUGCAGCUAAUCCUCCAUUAUGAUAUGACCUACCGUGAGGUGAAGUACAGCAAUCUUGGCCUGGAGGACAUUGACCACAAGAUGCUGAUGGGCAUCAACGUCACGCCCAUCAUAGGCCUGCUGUACACCCCUAUUCUUAUCAGGUUUCUAGGUACAAAGUGGAUGAUGUUCCUAGCUUCGGGAAUCUACGCACUCUUUGUCUCAACCAAUUACUGGGAGCGUUACUACACCUUGGUUCCAUCAGCUGUAGCUAUCGGCGUUGCCAUUGUGCCACUCUGGGCCUCCUUGGGAAAUUAUAUCACUAGGAUGGCGCAGCAGUACUACGAGUACGUCAACUACAAGGACGAAAAUGUGCAGGAGCAGAAGAAGCUUCCUAAGGGGGCGUGCCACAGCUACAUCAUCAUCUUUCAGUCAGUCUUCUUCAUCAUAUUCCAUCUGAGUUUUGUCUUUGCUGAGUUCCCCAUGCGUUUCAUCCUCAACCGCUACCUGCAUGACAACAACCACACUCUCUGCAAUGUGCACUCCUGCGGAGCAAAUAUCAGUGGAGUGAUCCCCGGCUUCAACACCACCGUGCUGACCAGCCUGCCUCGCUCCAUGCUGCUCAUCCAGGUGGAGAGUGUCCUCAUGGGCUUCGCCUUCUUUUCCAUGAUCAUCUUCCUGGUGCUGUGUGGUGCUGCCUACCGCCCGACAGAAGAAAUCGACCUCCGCAGUAUCGGCUGGGGAAACAUCUUCCAGCUACCUUUCAAACACCUGAGAGACUACCGCCUGCGGCUGCUCUGCCCCUUCUUCAUCUACAGCGGAUUUGAAGUGCUGUUUGCUGUCACCGGAUUCUCCUUGUCCUAUGGCGUCUGCGUUGUGGGCCUGGACAAACUGUGGCUCCUUAUAGUCGUCUAUGGCCUCUCCGCCUCCGUCUUUUCCUCCCUCUCCCUUUGCCUCUUACGCUUCCCUCGCUGGCUGUGUUUGGUGGGGGGCGCUGCUGUGCAUGUGGUGCUGCUGGUGGUUCUUCUGGCGUGGUCUCCACCUGCUAACAAUCUCCAUUAUCUGGGCCCUCUGUUGGUGAUCUCUGCACUGUGGGGACUCGGCACCGCCCUGAACAAGACUGGCGUCAGCAUUCUGCUCGGGAUGCUGUACGCUGAGGAUAAAGAACGUCUGGACUUUGUCUACACCAUCUAUCACUGGUGGCAGGCCAUCGCCAUCUUCAUAGUGUACCUCUGGUCCAACAUGCCAAUGAGGGCCAAACUCUCCAUCCUGUUGGCCACUUUAUUGCUGGCCUGCUACUGUUAUUGGGUGAUGGAGCGUCGGCUGGCCGUGAGAUUGCCUUUCAGGUUGCCUCGCAUCCCUCGGCCACGGCACAAGGUCAAAGGCUACCGCUAUCUGGAAGAGGACAACUCAGAUGAAUCAGACUCUGAGAGAAGUGAGGACGAGGGGGAGAAGGAGGACGAAGAGCAUGUGGUGGAGGAGAUGGGAGCAGAGGAGAGAGAGGAAGGAGGCCAAGACGCAGAGGCCCAGGGAGCUGACUCACCCGGAGCCAGGAGGAGAGGAGCAGAGGGUCACCGUCUCAGACGGGAGGACGCCCAUGUGAAGGAGGGAGAGAGGGAGGAGCAUGAGUGAGGAUGAGAGAAAGGAUAAAAUGAUAAAAUGGGUAGAAAUAAGGGGAGAUGGCGGACAGAUGACAGAUACAGAAGAGGAAGAGAGAGAUGCUGUUGUGUUCAUAACUCCACUGGUGUUUUUACAUGUAUUUAUACUUGGAUGUAAUUCUUACAUUCUGCACUAAACAAAAGCAUUUUGGAAUCGGCUUUAAUUAAAAAGCUUCAAUAAUCUGUUUAACCAAAAUCACAACAGUGAUCCAGAAGAAAUGGUACCGAAACUGAAAAUACUAUGUUGCUGUUUAACAAUCAAUAUGGCAAUCUUUAAAGGUAGGACACACUGGAUAAUACACAACUACAACUGAAUACAAAACAACAAUUUCUUUUGCUGCACAGUUUGUGGCUCCUAUUUACCAAAUGUGUCGAUAAUUAUAGAGAGCAAUUUCACUUGCUUUUGUGCUUCAUCAAGUAUAAAACAUAUUCUGUGACAUAUAAACAGGUUUCAUGUUAAAAAGAGUUCUUAUCUGAAUAGACUGAUCGAUUUUCAUCCUCAUGGUGAAGUGUGGGUUGAUGGAGUCAUUUUUAGAGAGUUUAGUUACAGGAUGACUAUGCUUACAGGAUAAGCAUAGUUUAUCUAGUUAUAGUUAAGCAUAGAUUAACUAUAUUUGUUCUUCUGUCUUUGUUUAACUCCAACCCCUUCACUUGGGCACAUUUCUUAGAGAAACCAAGCUAACUCGAGCUAUUGUCAGAAUCUCAGACACGUGUCUGUUGUCUGAUGUAUCUCUUAGGAGGAGUUAAACACAGUUUUUGCAGAGUUUGGAAAUUAAUAUGAAUGUAUAUUUUUGCUUCUGCAACAGGUACCAGUCAUAAGUCAUGCCCAUAAGGUGUGAUAUUUUGGUAAACAGUGUCUUUGGGGAUAUAAUAAUUAAUAUGUGGAGUGUCUCAAUUGUUUUAAAUAAAGUAAUCUACAAUACAAGA